AUGGCUAUUGACUACGGUCUGGGAGGGUUGAUGGUGUGGAGUAUAGACACGGAUGACUUCAAAGGUUCCUGUGAUAAAGAAGCUGAUACCUACCUGGAUUACUUGGAGAGAUACGAAGCGAUUAAAGAUGACCCAGUACUGAUCAAGGCGUUGAAGAAUCUUAAGUUACCAGACGCAAAUCGUAUUGAAAACCUCAGUAGACGUACGUCUUACGUGGCUGCCAACAAUAGGCUUCAUCUGCGUCUGCCAGAGCCUGAGUAUUCCAACUACAUCAUGAUGAGAACAAUUAACGAUGCGACCACCCUCGCUUUAGAAGAGAAGAGAAUUUUUGACGAGAUGGACAGAGUCGCGAGGCAGAACGAGGUCACACCUGGAGAUGAUCCAGGUGCUUCCAGCAUGGUUUACAGCAGUGUGCUAUGUGUGGCCAUGAGUUUACUAGCUUUACAGGUCUUGGUGUAA